AUGGAGUGGACAGAGAACCUCAUUAUAAAUGCAAGCCAUGCUGAUGUGGAUAAGGAUCUUCUCUGCUUCCCGCAUGAGCCAGACUCUUGCUCUCGAACAGCUCGUUUCUACGUCAUUAGAGUCACCAUGUACAUUUUAAUGCUUCCUACAGUACUUAUGACUGUUUUGGGGAAUUUUCUGGUCAUCCUCACUAUUUUGAAUUUCAAACAGCUGCAUUCUCCGACCAACUUUAUCAUCCUCUCACUGGCUAUUGUGGAUUGUCUGCUAGGGUCUAUGAUCAUGCCUUUCAGUAUGGUGAGAUGGGUUGAAGGCUGUUGGUUCUUGGGGGAUAUAUUUUGCAAAAUACAUUCCAGUUUAGACAUGACACUAAGCAUUGUAUCCAUCCUGCACCUGUGUUUGGUUUCUAUUGACCGGUACAUGGCCAUUACUGACCCUCUGGUUUAUAAGAUGAAGGUGACAAAUGAAAGUGUGGCUGUGGGAAUUGCUGUCAUUUGGCUAUUCUCAUUCUCAUUUAGUUUUAGUGUGGUAUUGUCUAAUAUAAAUCUUAAAGGCUUGGAUGACCUUUUAAUGAUGAAGUCUUGUGUUGGAAACUGUAAUUUAAUUUUUAACAGACAGUGGGGAGUCACUGUUGCUCUUGUAGCAUUUUUCAUCCCAGGAACAAUCAUGAGCUGUCUUUACAUUAAAAUUUUUCAUGUUGCACAAAGACAAGCUAAAGUAAUGGCCGACAGGGUUACUUUAGGAAAGUCUGAAACAAAGAACCAUACCACAGAGCAAAGAGAGAGAAAAGCAGCCAAAACUCUGGGCAUUGUCAUGGGAAUUUUUCUUCUUUGUUGGUUGCCAUUCUUCAUCACUACUAUAGCAGAUCCAUUCUUAGACUUCUCGACACCUGUAGAUGUUUUUGAUGCCCUGGUGUGGUUUGGCUACCUUAAUUCUACUUGUAAUCCAUUGGUCUAUGGCUUUUUUUAUCCUCAUUUUCAAAAGGCAUUUAAAAUGAUUAUAUCUAAAUAUCUCUUUCACCCUAGUAGGUCAGUCAACCUAACACUCUGA